AUGCGCGAUGGCAACACCGACAUCAUCACCAGGAGCGCCGCGACAGGCAACCUGGCCACUCUCCAGCGCAUAGCAUCGCACGGCGCCGACAUGAACAAGAUCUAUUCAGUAGAUGCCCCCCAGCAUCUCAAAGACUGGAUGGAAAUGCAGCGGAAGUGGGACAGCAAGAUUUCAGGCGGGCAAGGUGUCGAGGUCGCGCUCUCGAAAGCCUGCUUCGCGACGCCCUUGCACCUCGCCGCGAAGGGCGGGCACUACGAUACCGUCCAGUGGCUCCUGGGGCAGCACUCCGUCGACAUGGAAAUGCCGGCGAGGUUUAUGUGUCAGUGUAUUCCCCCAGGUACCUGUCAGGAUCUCGCGAUUCGCCUCUUGAUGGGGCAAGCCGUACCGGCCUGGAGGCCCCUACACAUUGCCAUCUGCCACCACCAAGUAUCCGUCGCCCGCCUACUGCUUUCCCGCGGCGCUUCGUCUCGAAGCGUAAACGUGGGCCGGUCAAAGUUUCCUCGCUUCAACCAGGUCUUCUCCAGUUACUGGUGGGGUUUGGAUCCGAACGAUUACGUAGGUCCGGCGGUGGUUUCCGCGCUCCAAUCCGCCGCGUUUUCUGGCAACAAGCCCAUCAUUACGGAGCUCGUCCAGCGCAUGGGAGUGGACGUUGACGAAAGAGUGGAAGAAGGCGGUGCGACGCCACUCUACUAUGCUUUAGCGGCAUAUAAUGCGCAAUCGGUGGCUCUCUUGCGAAGCCUCGGGGCGAAGCCGGAGCAGUUCUUCGUGUCGGACGCGUGUAAUGUCAAUUACGAAAACGCUCUCGAAUUCGUUCUUGCCAUUGAGAAGACCGAUCCUAUAAUCAACAUUUUCGAAUUCUCUUCGGCCGUGGCAAAAUUUUUGUUGGAUACAAACGUUGAUCUCCAAAAGAUUGUCGAUGGUCAGCUUGGGUCUCAAGUUACAGAAUACUUCUACACCAACGACGCCGAGCCCUUCGUUCACUCAGACAUAGACGCCGAGGAUGAUGGUUCCGGCGUCACAACCUGCACCAUUGGCAUGCUCGCGCUGCACGCGACGAUCGCCGCUUUCCAACCCCGACCCUUCCUCAGAAAAUACGACGGAGGCAAUGAAGCAUUAAUUCGUACCAUCAAAUGGCUGAUCACGGAAGGAGCUUCCCAAACUGUGACACCUGGCAUGGAUCCGAAAUGGAGUCCGCUUCGUCACUUUGUUCGACACUAUCACGGAAACUUGGCCGCGGAACUGUGUGACAACGGCUUUUCAGGGUGGUAA